UGAUGGCCUUUCCUCGUUCCGCAAGUAUCCGGUCUUACCUCGAGGUAGAGCGUACGAUCAAAACGGCCCAGUUCCACAAGGAGCAUGACUCGAGGGCCCAUUCUGUUAGUCUCCUUACUUUCCCUCAUCACCUGGACCGGCCAAGUGGCCGGAGUGGCAAUUCCUCUUCUGGCUGCUUUCCCGUCGGACUCUGCCCCCUUACUCGGCCAGACUCUUCGCCGGGAAAUGGGUGAAAUUGAAAGACGCUUGGCCCACAAAAAUUUUACGUUCAUAGCCAGUUCGAUAGCAGUUCCAAAUAACACAGAGAAAGUGAUAAACGUUUCGUGUCAAGCUUUAGAAAAUAUCCAUCCUGUUUUGGUGUUGAAUUUCAUACAGAAACCCUAUUCGUUCUUCGUGUCUUUAGUUGCUGGCUAUACGGGAGUUCCAGUGAUUGGUCAUUCAUUACAAUACAGAGAUCGGGCCUCUCAGGAUGUAAACCCGUUUUAUACCUCACUGGAUCCUUCGACAACGGAACUAGCCGACGCGGUUUUUCAAUUCCUUCGUUUCUGUAAAUGGUACGACGUAGUACUAGUAGCAGACGAUAGUAACAUUGGUUCCCUGCUUAUUCGUCAUCUUCAAGUUCGUCUGAAUUCUUCUCCGUGGCGCCCUCUCACAACAGUUUCUCUUCGUAAGACUUUGGAAAAUAAUGAAAUAUUGAUCAGAUUGGGCAAAAUAAGGGAGGGUCAUAGCAGGGUUAUUCUUCUUUACUGCGACGAGGAUACAGCUGUACGGGUAUUCGAAGUAGCUGAAAACCUAAACCUACUGAGGGGCAACUUUAUUUGGGUCGGGUUAGAAGACAGCAUUAACCUCGAAUCCAGUCAUGUGGGCUUCUAUCCGUCCGGCCUAUUGGUUCUCCGACUUAGACCAAUAACCCUGAAGCCAAAGAAUGUGCGAGAAGCAGUAAACGUUUUCGCUGAAACUGUUGAACAAAUAGGGACAGCAAUUUUCGAGAAUUGGAUUGUAAAUGUUGCCCGUACUUUAAGGUGUUCCUUUCCUCCUGAUAAGCGACACAAAACUUUUUCCCGUGAAUUACACAGGCACCUGAAUCGUGUUUUAGACCAAGAAAGAAGUGUGCAAAGAAACGCAAGUAAUUUCUCUUCCAACCUCGUCAAGUUUCCAGUGUUUGAUGUUCUGAAUUUGGUGCAAGGAACAUGGAAGGUUCUGGGGAAUGUGAGUGGUCUGUCCGUCCGUCUAGAUGCCGUCCUUUGGUUGGGAGCAGGGAGGACAGCUCCCUGGCCACUAGGAAAGCAGCGAUUCCGGGUGGUCACAGCCUUCGCACCACCGUUUGUCCAACAGUCUACAAGGGUUAGCAACGGGAGUUGUCUCAUGGGGAUACCGUGCUUACAGGUGACCACAAAUCGGGAGGAAGAGCUAGCAACGAUCUUCGCCGACUAUGCUCGAGGAAGGUGCGAAGGAAUCAGAUACAACGUGACCUGCUGUGCAGGGAUAACGAUGGACUUACUGACGGACAUAGCUAAUGAUUUACAUUUCGAAUACGACUUGUACCUGGUGGCUGACGGGAUGUUUGGAACAAAUCGCGGGAAAGGAUGGAAUGGGAUCACGGCGGACUUAGUCAGUGGCGCCGCUCAUCUGGCUUUCUCUUCUUACAGUGUCAACAGCCUCACCAUACAAGAGGUGGACUUCUCCGUCCCCUACUUCCACUCUGGGGUAUCAUGUCUAGCGCCCUCUAGGCUACAUGCAGUUCCACUCUCUGCCUUUCUCGAACCCUUUAGUAUCGAACUCUGGAUCGUCAUAUUUGCUAGUCUAAACGUUACGGCUAUUACUGCUGCAGUCUACGAGUGGUUGAGUCCAUUUGGCCUGAAUCCUUGGGGUAGACAGCGCACCAAAAACUUUAGUCUAGCUUCGGCUCUCUGGGUCAUGUGGUCCCUUCUCUUUAGCCACCUGGUAGCCUUCAAGGCCCCCAAAUCCUGGCCUAAUAAAGUGCUCAUUAACGUCUGGGGUUGUUUCAGCGUGAUAUUUUUAGCUAGCUACACUGCUAAGGUAGCAGCUCUCUUUGCAGGACUUUUCUUCCAACUACGAGUCGAUGAUCUGUAUGAUUCCGACCUUUUCAACCAGCGAACAGGCACGGCUAAGGGAAGUGCUGCUGAAGGUUACAUUUUGCGGGAAUAUCCUCGGCUCUGGGACCACGUGAAAAAAUACGAAGUUGUGAGCAUAGAAGAUGGGCUAGAGAAACUGAGAAACGGCGAGCUUGACGUUCUGAUCGGAGACACCGCAGUCUUGGAUUAUUACCGGGGGAACGAACCCGACUGUAACCUUCACAUGUUAGGAGACCCCAUCUUUGACGAUGCAUAUGCAAUUGGAAUGCAACAAGGAUUUCCUCUAAAGGAUGCAAUGUCAGACUUGAUACUUCGCUACAACGAGGCUGGUUAUAUCGACCAACUACAACAGAAGUGGUAUGGCAGGGUACCUGUUUUGAAGGGUCGGUGCAUGGUUUAACCAAGCCUAUGGGUUUGAGUGUGCGUGCUGUCUCUGGCGUAUUUAUAAUGCUUUGUGUAGGCCAUCUUGUAGCUAUUUGUACACUAGUUUUGGAACAUCUCAUUUUUCGUUACGUUAUACCAGUCUUGCGAG